GAUGGGGGGCAGCAGACGAGAGAGGAAACAGAAGGGAGCAGAGGAAAAAAACAGCUGAGAGGAGGGAAGAGAGAAAACUAUGGGAGUGGGAAAGCUAUCCUGGAAUAGCCAGCUACAGACUCCACCCUUCUCACCCCUCCCCUUACUCUCUCUCUUUCCCUUGCUAUCGCUCCCCCCCCCUCUCUCUCUCUGAAGCAGUCUCCCAGUGUGUCAUUUGACCAGGCAGUUCACAGAGGCGAGAGCUCAGCACCAAAAAGAAAGCAGAGGGAAAAAAGAGAGACAGAGACAGAAGGAGCACGUUCAGCGUAACGAUAAGCUUGCUGGAAUGUUUCUCUCACUGUUUAUCACCAGAUGCAAAGCCCUGUGAGUGCGGAUUUCUUUUUGGCUUACUGCUUUUGGGGACUCUUACACUUGGUUUCUUGGAUAUGGGUUUUAACUCUGCGUGCAGUCAGCUGAAGAGGAGGAUCAACUGACACCUUUUUGGGGGAUUUACACUUUUUGAGGAGUAAACCUCUACUUGUGUGAGGGUGACGGAGAGAGACCAAGAAAAGAGAAGGAAAGGAGAGACAGAAAUAGGGAGAGAGAGAUAGAGAGAGAAAGAGUGCCCGGGCCAUGCCCACCUCAGCUCAUGGUUCAACAGCAUGAAAGGGGGCCACCAUCACCAUCGCCACCACCGAGGCUGUGGCUGCCAACACUUGUUCCGUAAAGUCCUGGCCAAGUGUGGCUGCUGCUAUGCACGAGUCAGAGACUCGUAUUCGGCAGCAGGCAGUGAGGGCAGCAUCUCCACCUCCGUGGCGUCGCUGCCCCCGCAGGCAUCAGGCAGCUCGGCCCCCAGCUCCCCGGGCUCCAGGCGCUCUGUGAGCACCCUUAAAAAAUGGCUCACAAACCCUGUCCGCAAACUUAGCGCUGGAUCCACCGCCAAAGGAGAGCGUCAGGUCCGCAAACUUGAGGGAAAGCCUGCAUGUCUUCCAUCCCACAGCCAGAACCAAGAUAUGGGGAGCCUCCCAAGGCCUGUAGAGAGUCUCACCAUCUUGCCUGUCACCCACAGAGAACUGGAGUGGAAAGAUGGCCUGGCAAGCCCUGAGGACCUGUCACCAGCUACUCUACAGUCACCCAGCUGCAUAACUGACUCGCUGAUUGGCUGCACGUCACUGCCAAACACCCAGGACACGCAGUCCAUCGGUGUUCUGCCAGAUGACAGCGAGUCCGUCUUGAUGGACGACACCUCCAGCCAAUGGUCAGCUGCGGCUGACACCGAGGAGGAGAGGAAGAGUGCCUUAGAGAAAAGCAUGUAUGUGCUGAAGGAGCUUAUUGAGACCGAGAAGUACUACGUGUCAGACCUGGGGCUCAUAGUGGAGGGCUACAUGGCCACAAUGAGCACCAAAGGUGUACCGGAGGACAUGAAGGGAAAAGACAAAAUUGUUUUCGGGAACAUUCAUCAAAUAUUUGACUGGCAUAAAGACUACUUCCUGGGAGAGCUGGAGAAGUGUUUGGCAGAGCCAGAGAGGCUGGCUCAGCUCUUCAUUAAACAUGAGAGGCGCCUGCAUAUGUAUGUUGUGUACUGUCAGAACAAGCCCAAGUCAGAACACAUCGUCUCAGAAUAUAUCGAGACUUACUUUGAGGAGCUCCGGCAGCAGCUGGGCCAGAGGCUGCAGCUCAACGACCUGCUCAUCAAACCUGUCCAGAGGAUCAUGAAGUAUCAGCUUCUGCUCAAGGACUUCCUAAAGUAUUACACCAAAGCUGGGAUGGACACGGAGGAGCUGGAGAAAGCAGUAGAAGUGAUGUGUUUUGUGCCAAAACGUUGCAAUGACAUGAUGAAUGUGGGCAGACUACAAGGUUUUGAGGGUAAGAUCACAGCCCAGGGCAAGCUUCUCCAGCAGGACACCUUCACUGUUAUAGAGCAGGACAGUGGCUUCCUGUCUCGUGCCAAGGAAAGACGCGUCUUCCUGUUUGAGCAGUUGGUCAUCUUUAGUGAGCCGAUAGACAGGAAGAAAGGCUUCUCACUCCCUGGAUACAUAUUUAAAAACAGCAUCAAGGUCAGCUGCCUGGGGGUGGAGCCCAGUGUGGAAAGCGAUGAUGCGCGCUUUGUGCUGACAUCGCGCAAUCCCGAUGGAAGUGUGGUGCGCUUCCAGAUGCAGGCCUCCUCCCCAGAGAUAGGAAGGGCCUGGGUCAAUGAUGUGGUUCAGAUCUUGGAAAGCCAGCGCAACUUCCUUAAUGCCUUACAGUCGCCUAUUGAGUACCAGCGGCGGGAGAGCAAGUCUAAUAGCCUGGGCCGCAGUAUGAGGCCCCCUCUGUCUGCUGCCAGUGCCCUGCGGCCUCACUCCUCUGCCUCCAUUGACCGUCAUAAGCUGCCCUCCCUUCACUCUCACAACACCUCCCUUCCUGCGCUCUACCUGCCAAGCCAAGGCCAGAGUCAAGGAUCCAAUGAGACCUACUCGCUGAGGGAUCCCACUGUGGUCCAGCCAUGCCCUGCUGACUCCCACACUGUUUCUCCAUCACAUGUCCGACUUGGCUUAACUGAUCAGCCAAACUGUCAAGCUGUGUCAAAUGGGCUGUACACCCCAACCACACAAAGUGUACAGCAGAGAGCAGGAGAGGGCUGCCGCAGGGGUCAGGCUUCAGAUGCUGGAAACCAGGCUCCAUUGUCGGGUCCAUCAGCCGGACGACGUCCCAGCAACCUGGCCCAGCUAGCUGAGGACGACCUUUGAACUUUGAUGCCGUGCGCGUCGUCGGUCAGGAGGACGGCAGCUAAGGCCAUAGCUGGGAAGACAAGAAUCGACUAUUUGUUUAUGCCAGACUGUACCUUACCUGGUUCAGUCAAUGAAGAUCAAUGAAGGACCCUGAUGAAUAUAUGAAGGAACUAUGGGCUGCAACUAUGAUAAAUGACUUUGCUCCUUUUUAGAGAGCCAUUUAAAGGGAGGUGACUUAGCCUUGAUCACCUUCAGUGUACAUGAACAGCACCCAGUGGGAUGUCACUGGACUCAUAGUUACAAAAUACUCCGUGGACACUUACUGUUGUGACAGUUUCUGCUUUUUACCUUUUUUGAGAGUUUAUAUUCUCUCUUUGAAAGGGCAAGGGGAAUUUGUUUGAUGAUUCCAUUCCUAAAUGGGGAAGUCACUGGAGUUACGUGUGUGCCUGAAUGUAUGUUUAUGAAAUUAUGUGUGGAUGUGUUUGUGUGCGUGAGAGUGUGGAAGGAGUGGCUCUGGCUCCUCUUGUACUCUCUGUUAAACUUCCUUGAAGAUCUUUUUUGUUUUCUGAUGCCCCAUUGCGACGACAAACACAGUUACAUUUUUACAUUUUAUUUUCAUUUCCCUGCUGACAACUGAGUUUGCCGUUUGUGUCAACAAGAAGAGGAAAGACAGAACGUGCCACAAGUACUUUACUCGCUCAAAUUUCAUCUGCAAGUAAAAGAACUUUCUUUCUUGCCGCCAUGUUGAGAGCACCUCUUUGCUCUGUUAUUCUGUUUGACCGGCCUCCCUUUGAUCCGGACAAAAAGGCAUGAGGAAGCCCCCUGGAGGCUCUCUGUGGGUAUGACGUCACUUCAGAAUACUUUUUACUCUUUGGGCAACUCCAGAGGAGUUGCGAGAUAUGCAUUAAGGGGCCUGCUGUGCUGACCCAAAGUUCUGCAUGCAACAUCUUUACAUACAUCUUUCUUUCUUUACAAGCCAAAUUGGGUUGCUUGUGAUUUUUGGGGACAGGGGUCCUUAAAACAGCGCAUUAGUUUAAACUAAUAUGAAUUGUUUCAUCAGUCCACUUUUGUCAUGUUAAAAGCCGUGCACCAUUUCUAUAAACUCUGUUAGCUUUUGGCCACAUGGACUAAAUACUGUACAGUGCAUACCAUAAAUUAUACAUUUUCACUUGUACCACGAAGAAUGACCAAGGUAUGCCAAAAAAUGUCACCGUUCCAGAUGGUCCCAUUGAAAAUGACAUGUUGUUGCAUAAACAGAGCGAUGCUGACAAAUCUGCAUGCUCCCACCUCCUCAACAGUGCCAAACACAACUGCAGCUCAGCUUGCCGCUACUCUUACCGCCAGUCGUUGAUAUUUGUGUUUCUAUCUGGACGGUGUCAAAAAGAAGAGGAGAGCGGAGUAGGUCUGUUCUUCUUUGUGGCCAAUAGAGGUCCCCACAAGGCUUCCAUUCUCAGUUGAGUUGAAUCAUACAGCUGCACCAAAGAUCAAUAGGCCUCAUGCUUCCUGCUAACAGUGAAGCUGCUUGCUAAUCAAUCGGUCCAAAAGGCAACACUAAAUUACCUUAAGUAAACUGAAAGAUGGGGCAUUAGAUGACUUGAACCAUCUCAUAAAAUGCAUCUGCAGUUAAUGUGAAGUGGUGAGGUUAUUCAUGGGAAUUACUGAUCAGGCAGUUUUGCAUGUAACACAAAGGAAUACCACUACAGAGAACCAAAAGCAAGGACAUAAAACCAAGAGAGGGUUUGUUAAUGACAUGUUUGACUGAGUAGAAACAGUUGUAUCAUAUGAAUUAAAAAGUGUCUUUGAAACCGA